AUGCACACAGAUAUAAUGCUCACAGAAAUUCACUUGUCGCUAGUUCAAUUUGCCUUUUUAUUUUUAAUAAUUACAACAGCAACAUUAAAUACUGGAAUAUCAACAACUUUGUCUUCUCAUCUCCAAACAAUUAGCACAUUGAGGGAUGUUGUCGCUAGCACAAAACCCAAUGUUAUUUUAGCUCAAACAAACAACAAAAAUAAACAAAACAACUUUAAUGGACAGACACAAAAGCAUUCAAAUUUUACUGGCAAAUCGAGUGAGAGUUCUUCAGACUCUUCUUUGGAAAAUUUAAAUGAGAUGGAAGAGGAGGACUUUAAUGAAAGGUUUUUUUUAAUUUUAUUUUGA